GAGACGGGCUGGGGUGGGGAAGGGGAACAACCGCAUUUUGCACCGGUUGGAGUCAGGCGUGGACUACGCGUCGCCUUGCUCUCUCGCCGACUGCCUCUUGCCUCCGGUCGCCGCGAUGCCUCUGCAGUUUGAACUGUGCCCGGGCCGCCUCAUCGGGGGAGACCACCCCUGCUUCAUUAUCGCCGAGAUUGGCCAGAAUCACCAGGGAGACCUCGAGAUCGCCAAGCAGAUGAUCCGCGUGGCCAAGGAAUGUGGAGCCGAUUGUGCCAAGUUCCAGAAAAGUGAAUUGGAGCACAAAUUCAAUAAGAGAGCCCUGGCGAGGCCAUACACGUCCAAGCACUCCUGGGGGGAAACCUAUGGAGAGCACAAGCGCCACCUGGAGUUCAGUCAUAACCAGUACAAAAAAUUGCAGCAGUAUGCAGAGGAAAUAGGCAUUUUCUUCACCGCAUCAGGCAUGGAUGAGAUGGCUGUGGAAUUUCUGCAUGAACUGGAUGUUCCGUUUUUUAAAGUAGGAUCAGGGGACACAAACAAUUUCCCAUACUUGGAAAAGACAGCAAAAAAAGGUCGCCCAAUGGUGAUUUCCAGUGGAAUGCAGUCUAUGAACACGAUGAAGCAAGUUUACCAGCUUGUGAAGCCCAUCAACCCAAACUUCUGUUUUCUCCAAUGCACCAGCGCUUACCCUCUUAAUCCUGAAGAUGUCAACCUUCGGGUCAUAACGGAAUAUCAAUCGGCCUUCCCAGAUAUUCCUGUGGGCUAUUCUGGUCAUGAGACUGGGAUAGCCAUUUCGGUCGCAGCAGUUGCUAUGGGUGCCAAAGUACUGGAGCGCCACAUCACACUGGACAAGACCUGGAAAGGAAGUGAUCAUCAGGCAUCCCUGGUGCCAAGCGAGUUGGCGGAACUGGUGAGAAGUAUCCGGAUGGUUGAGAAGGCCAUGGGCUCUCCAAUCAAGCAGCUCUUGCCUUGUGAAGCAGCCUGCAAUGAAAAGUUGGGCAAGUCUGUAGUUGCCAAAGUGAGAAUCCCCAAUGGCACCAUGCUCACCCUGGACAUGCUCACAGUAAAGGUGGGUGAACCCAAAGGCUGUCCCCCAGAAGACAUCUUUGACUUGGUUGGCAAGAAGGUCAAGAGAAACAUUGAUGAAGAUGAAACUAUAACUGAAGAUGCAGUUGAAAAUCAUGUGAAAAAAGUGAAAUGCUGAAUGAACAGUCUCUGUACAGUGUGUGAAAUGGGACCUCAGGAUGUCCUGUGGCAAUAUGCUGAAAUUGUAGCAGCUAAAGCUAGAAUGAAGAGCUUUGGGGAAGCAAACCUCCAUGAGAUUUUUUCUUUCAGGUGGGCAAAAAUGCUAAAAUAGCACUUCUGUCGUUGUGAACGAGACUUUAAUUGAAACUGGACAGAAUGUAUCCUUGAAGGAUUUUCAGUGGUUCUUUAUUGCAAGGCACAUUAUUGCAAGGCCAGAAAGGCACCACACCUGCACAAUUUCUAAUUUUCCUCCCACAUCUCUAAAAGUUUGACUUUUUUCGUUUCUCGCUAAAUGUGUGCAAACUGCAGAUCGAGCUCUAAAAUGGCCACUAACCUGGUCAGCUAGGCAAGUAAGUAGAGCCUCCAGGUGACCAAGCAUGUAAGCAGUUGUGCAUUGGAAAACAGUCCCCCAACUCCUUUCUAGGCUACAGAACAAGUGGCUAACAUAGGCAUUCAUGUGGGGUUAGGCUGCCCAGUUAAAACAAAAACAUUGUGAGCUAGUAUUGUGUGUAGAUGUUUUUGUAGUGCUGUUGUACAUAGUCCAACUGGGGAGGAAAAACCUCAUAUGCACAACUGUAUUUUUAAGAGAAAGAAAUCCCCCUCCCCAGGCUCUUCCCAGUUGUUCUUGACCAGUUCCUCUGGACAAGCUCCUAAAAUAAAUUUUAAAAUAAUGUAUCUGCAAAAGAUGGUCUCUUGAAUUAAAGGCUUUAGUGCAGAAAUAUUAAACGCACCCUAACAAACCAUUGCCCUUGGUGAUAUACUGCUACUGUUUCUUGUAGGUGCAAUGCUAAGGCCAGUUGGGUCUUGUAUCUCUUUUCUUUUUAAAUAAAAAGAUGGCCAAAUAGGUAACGCCAGCGGGCAAUAUUUGUACUAAGCUCACUAUUGUGCCUGAGAAGCCUCGUCCAUAUGCAGUAGUCUAACACUCUCUGUGAAAGGAGCUGAUCCAGAGGAACUACUAGGGGGAUUUUCCUACAUGUUGUUUUACAUGGCUUGUUAUAGAAUAGUACUGGUUGAAUACCCCUAAUCUGGACAUCCAAAAUCUGGAAUGCUCCAAAAUCCGGAAAAGUUAUUGCGUUGAAAAUUUUCUUGCAAUUAGUUUUGAUUACAUUUACAGCUACCUGUAGUUAUCGUAAAUUCAAUGCUUAUUUGCUUUUAUACUUUAAAUAAAACCUUUAAAAAUACAAUGUACAGUAACCUUUCAUGUUUAGACUUGGGUCCCAUGCCCAAGAUAUCUCAUUACAGUGUGCAAAUAUUCCAAAAUCCAGAAAAGUCCGAAGCCGUUUGGAUAAGGGAUACUCAACCUGCAUCUCAAACUAUGUGCUACUUUAUGCAGUAAGAAAAUAGCUCUUGCACCUGUGAGCCCAAAGUAGCUAUGCAAAAGCUGCCCCCUGCAUCUCUUAUCUCUCACUGAUUGGCUUGUGGGAGGGGUGCAUCUACUUCACUGCUGAAGCAAAGAAACAGCAGGAUUAUCUGUGCACGCCCCCGCCCCCCGGAUGCCCAUUCUAUCUCCCAUGAGCUACUGCUCUGCAUUCAUCGGCUUCAAAUCUGGAAGCACACUCUGAACAAUAAUUCAGGCAAAAGCACAGGCUGACAUCCGGAGCAGCCUUGUCGUAGCAGAAAGGAAGACAUGCUCGCAUGAAAGGAGCUUUCCCACUACCUGUCUGGCUACACAGCCUCAGGCGUGCAAGAAGAGGGAGUGAAUUUUGAUAGCGUUCUUUGGCUAUGGGAGUGCUCUGUGUCACCCUAAAAUGUGGCCUCAAUGGCUGUCUGACCCUCGGACACAUUUUUGGGUGAGACAGCAUUUUCAGAGCCAGAACGAAUGGUCAAAAUUUGCUUCUCCCGAUUGCGCACCUAAGGCUGUGCAGCUAGGAAAGCUUUAGUUUGUGCCAGUUACUGGAAGGCUGGCUCUGGAUGUCAGCCACUGAGCUUGAGGUUCCCCUGAAGUCAAGUAUUUCUACAAAUGUUUUAGGGUGUAAGAAUGCAAUGUUCAGGGAACAUGGCUUAGAAAAAGGUGCAAAUACUAUCCAAAGUUUGGGACACUGUUGCAAAAUUAAGACAAUAUAGAAUGGCUAUGUAUUUGGGAUAGCGAUCAUGAAGGAAGCAAUUCAGGCAGGCAGCAUCAGUGAUUAUGGAGAAGCACAGCAUGAGAAGCCUUGCAUCUAAUCACUUUGACUGGUGCCUUUAAUAGACAGAAGAAACCAAAGGCUGCAAUCAGAAGCAUACUUAUUUGGGAGGGAAUCCUAGUGGGGAUUUACUUCUGAGUAAACAUGCUUAGACGCAAGGUGUAGAUUGCCAAGCAUCUGUGUCUCAUGUCAGCCUUCCCAGAUUUAUCAUAUGCUGUGUAGGAUGAUGACCAGAUUUCUCCUAAUCCACUUAAAAUCCUAUCUGGUUAGUGGUGCAUAUAUACUUGCCUUGGCCUUGCUGACUUCGUAGGUAUGCUAAUAUACUUGGAAUAGGGUUCAGGGGGGAUUGUCUUCACUUGCAGUUCAGUUGCUUUUAAGCAUAGCCCUGGGUCUAGAGGGUGGGAUUAGGAUCAUGUUGGCUCAUCUGCACCACCGUGUGACCUCUGAGCUUUAGACAUCACAUUUGCAUAGGCUAUUAUGCAUCUGCAGCCCACUGUGCAUAGGUUGCACUGCAUAAUGCAUAUGCCACAAAAUCAAAGUGCAGUACAGUAUAUAUAUAUGGCUUGCACCUUCACAGUUUUGGUUUGAUGCACCAGGCGUCUGUGCAAAUAUGCUAUUCCCACGGGUGGACAGAAGUGGGGUCUAGGACAGGAUGGGGGAGGUGGCCCAAUCCUGACCCUUUACCAUACAUUUGAUCAGCUGUCUGCAUUAGACUUAUAUCAAUCCUGAUUUUCUCAUUCUAUAAUGCUUGCCUUAAAAGAUGACUGCAAAAUAAUGACUGGUUGAUUUAUUGUUAUUGAAAACAAUAAAAUUUGUCAAGACAGAA